AUGCCAGGAAUGGUCAGUAAAAACCCAGACCUCGAGUUCGACUCUUUGCAGCCCUGUUUCUACCCAGACGAAGAUGAUUUUUAUUUGUGCGGGCCGGACUCCGCUCCCCCCGGGGAGGACAUCUGGAAAAAGUUUGAGCUGCUGCCCACCCCUCCCCUGUCUCCCAGCCGGGCCGGGCUCCAGGAGCACCCCCCGGGGGGGGCCCCGGUGCCGUGGGGAGGGGCGGCCCUGGGGGGCUGCCGCCCCGCCGACCCCCUGGACUGGGCGUCCGAGCUGCUCCUGCUGCCCCCCGAGGCCGACCUGUGGGGCGGCUCGGACGGAGGGGACUUCUUCGAGACGGGCCUCGGCGUGACCAACAACCUCAACUCCAUCAUCAUCCAGGACUGCAUGUGGAGCGGCUUCUCCGCACGCGAGAAGUUGGAGCGGGCGGUCAGCGAGAAGCUGCAGGGCAAGGCGCCCGCCGCCGCCCCGCCGCCGCCCCCGGGGGCCGCCGCCGCGGGCAGCCCCGCCGCCGCCAGCGGCCGCGCGGAGCUGGGCGGCGCCGUGCCCGAGUGCGUGGACCCGGCCGUGGUCUUCCCCUUCCCCGUCAACAAGCGGGAGGCGGCGGCGAGCCGCGCCGGGGCGGUGGCGGUGGCAGCGGCGAGCGGCGGGGCUCCGCGGGGCGGCCGUCCGCCGCGCCCCGCGGGGGACAGCCGGGCCAGCAGCAGCUCCGGGGACGACACCCUCAGCGACUCGGAUGAUGAAGAUGAGGAGGAAGAGGAUGAAGAAGAAGAAAUAGAUGUUGUGACAGUGGAGAAAAGACGCUCCUCCUCCAACAAGGCUGUUACCACCCUUACUAUUACAGUGCGUCCUAAAAAUACCACUUUUCCUUCAGUCAGGACACAGCCGAAUGAACUGAUUUUAAAGCGUUGCGCACCAAUUCACCAGCAGCAUAAUUAUGCCGCUCCUUCUCCAUACAUGGAGAGUGAAGAUGCUCCACCGCAGAAAAAGUUAAAAACCGAGGUGCCCCGUCCAGUAAAACCCACAAUCCAACCAAAGUCUAAGAGUUCAAGUCCUCGAAACUCGGAUUCAGAGGAUAGUGAACGUCGACGCAACCAUAAUAUCCUGGAGCGUCAGCGGCGUAAUGAUCUACGGUCAAGUUUCCUCACAUUAAGGGACCAUGUUCCAGAACUGGUUAAAAAUGAGAAAGCUGCAAAAGUUGUGAUCUUGAAAAAAGCCACUGAAUAUGUUCAUUCCCUUCAGGCAGAGGAGCAGAAGUUAUUGCUAGAAAAGGAAAAAUUGCAAGCCAGGCAACAACAAUUGCUAAAGAAAAUAGAAUACAAGCGGACUUGCUAA